ACGAGCCAGCCACGGCUAGGAUUCACACGUAAUGGGCCCGACAACCUGCACCUCGACACCCUAUACCUCCUCGGGACGGGAAAGGGCGACAUCACAGGCCCCGUGGUGGAAAUCAACAUGAUGGGAUACGCCGAUAUGAAUCAGGUCGGCGGUGGCCUGCGUCAGAGACUUCAGGCGAGGGCGUUUAUCGUCGGUAACCUCGAGAAACCUAGCGAGAGGUUCGUCUACGUCGUGUUAGACACUCUUGCUGGGGACACGGCGAUUCGUUAUGGCAUUCUCGCCGGCUUGGCCGCCCUGGGUCCGGAGUACUCGGUAUACGGACCCCACAACGUGGCCAUCACCGGAACACAUUCCCACGCUGGCCCGGGAGGCUGGAUGAAUUACCUCCUCCCACAGAUCACGAGCAAGGGUUUCCAUAAGCAGAGCUACAAGGCCAUUGUCGACGGCACGGUGUUGGCCAUCUGCAGGGCGCACGAGAGCCUGCAGCCGGGCCGGCUCACUGCCGGGUCGAUCAAGGUGAAGGGGGCCAAUAUCAACCGCAGCCUCUUUGCGUAUCUUGCGAACCCCGAGGGAGAACGGGCCCGGUACAACAUCAGCGGCGGGGAUGACGGCUCGGUGGAGAAGGACUUGACGCUGCUCCGGUUUCAACGGGCGUGGGACAGGAAGAACAUUGGCGUACUGACCUGGUUCCCUACGCACGGCACGUCUCUUUUGGGCAACAACAGCCUCAUUGCCGGGGACAAUAAGGGGGUGGCCGCUGAUCUCUUCGAGAAGAGCGUCCGACGGCGGCACGAUGCGGACGAACUCUUCGUCGCCGGCUUCUCGCAGGCCAACAUGGGAGAUGUCAGCCCCAACGUCCUGGGAGCGUGGUGCGAGGACGGGUCGGGGGAGCGGUGCAGUUUUGAGAACAGCACGUGCGGCGACGGCAAGUGCCAGCACUGUCACGGCAGGGGCCCGUUCUUCCGGGAGCCAGACGAUGGCGCCAAGUCGUGCUUCGAAAUUGGAAAGCGACAGUUCGAGGCCGCCAGGGAGCUGUACGAUCGGCUGGCGAACGCCGACGCGCGUGCUCUGGAUGCUCCGGAUGCCCGGCCGAUCCGCGGCUCGUGGGUCAAGUCGUUCCACGUCUUCCACAACAUGUCGGACUUUGCGUUCCAGCUGCCCAACGGCACCCAUGUCCGGACCUGCCCUGCGGCUCUCGGUUAUUCGUUCGCGGCGGGGACGUCAGAUUGGCCUGGCCAUUUCGACUUUGUGCAGCACGGUUCCAACAGGUCCAACACGUCUCCGGUCUGGAAAGCGGUCUCGGGGUUUCUCAAGGAACCAGGACCGUCCCAGAUGGCGUGUCAUGGCCCAAAGCCGAUCCUGCUCGACGUCGGCGACGUUUCCAGGCCGUAUGCCUGGACGCCAAACGUUGUCGACAUGCAGGUCUUCAGGGUCGGGCAGUUCUUCAUCAUCGUGAGUCCCGGGGAGGCGACUACCAUGGCCGGCCGGCGAUGGAAGCAAGCGGUUCAUGAUGCCGCCGAACGCAUGCUCGCGAACGAGAGAAGCAUAAAGGGGUCUGAUGGGGACAAGCCGUUUGUGGUGCUCGGUGGCCCGGCGAACUCUUACACCCAUUAUAUUACCACUCUGGAGGAGUAUGCCGUUCAACGGUACGAAGGAGCAUCGACUUUGUACGGCCCGCACACGCUGGCAGCUUAUAUCAAUCGUACUCUCCACUUCCUGCCGUCCUUGGGGGCGGCAGGCGACGUAGUCCCUCCCAGACACAGCGGCAGACCAUUCCCACCCGAUAACUCGAACCGGUCCCUGAGCUUCAUCCCCGGAGUGGUGUAUGACAGGGCGCCUUUGUUCCGUCACUUCGGAGACGUCCAAGAGGACGCCGGUGCGGUAUACCGGCACGGCGAUACUAUCCAGGCGACGUUUGUCGGGGCUAAUCCGAGGAACAACUUGCGUCAAGAAGGGACAUUCACGGCAGUGGAGCGUCUUGUGUCGGCUCCAGAGGAGGAGACGGAGGAGUGGCAAGUGGUGCGGGAUGACACCGACUGGAGCCUCGUUUUCCGAUGGAGGCGGCUGAGUGAGGUGCUGGGCACGAGCGAGGUGGAAAUCACAUGGGAGACGGGUUCGGAGGUGGACGCGGUCGAGCCGGGGGUGUACCGGCUGCGUUAUUUCGGCGACUGGAAGUCUGUGACGGGUACGACCACGGGGUUUGAGGGCGUCAGCGGGAGGUUUUGGAUCUUGGAAUGAGGAAGAGUGAGCCAAAGGAUAGUGCUAACGUUUAGAUGAUAGCGAGUGAUUUGAUAGUUGUAAACCUCUAGCGUAAUUUCGACGGUAUGUUCUUCCUCCA